AUGGAUAAUCUUCCUGAAGACAAUCAUGAAUUUGUCCCGGAUCCUUUCCUUCCAAACAAUACACAGCAUCCUAUUGAAUCAAGUCCAUCUAUGGGCACAAGCCUUGGGGGAGAGCCCUCAUACACGAGCUAUCCAAGUGUUCUUCUCAAGUACAUAAAUGAGAUGCUUAUGGAAGAAGACUUGGAGGCUAGGCCCCGCAUGUUACAGGACAGUCUAGCCCUCGAGGCUGCUGAAAAAUCAUUCUAUGAAGUCCUUGGUCAGGAGGAUCAUCCAUUAACUGAUCAAAACAACGAGUGCCCAGAUGCACUUGUUGCUGGGAACAGCAGAACUCAUAUCAGUAAUAGCUAUUCUGUUGCUGACAAUUUAAUCAAGUCUAGUUGGAGUCAUGAUCAAGGGGAAUCCAAUUCCUUUUGUAUACAAACUUCUCUUAUUGACUCUCAAAAUGAAAACCUUUUGCUACCUAAUUCAUUUAGUGAGAUGCAUUCAUUUGCACAAGACAAGGGAGGGAUGGGCAUAGCAGUUAAGUCCAUUCGACAUGGCAAAUAUGAAGUCUUUGAUUUGGAAAGCAUCCCACCAGUGCCUCCAAAGUACACCCAGGGUAUGGUGGGCAAGCAAGAGAAGAGCUUCACCUCACCAAGUGGAUCAAGAGGAAAUAAAAAUCAUCAGCGUGAGGAUACUGACAACCUUGAAGAAGGGAGGAGCAACAAACAUUCAUUGGUUGAUGCUGGAGAAGUUGAUUCUGAGCUGCUAGAGAAGUUUGAUAAGAUAUUGUGUUGUCCUGGUGGAGACAGCGAGUCUGCAUCAAGUGCUCUUCAUAAAUCUGGAGGAAAUGGAGGAAGAAAAAAGUUGCAACACAACAAUCAUUCAAAAGGAUCUCAUGGUAAAACAAUGCUUUCCAAGAAUGAAGGUAAAAAGGGGGUGAUAGUAGAUUUUUGGGGUCUGCUAACUCAAUGUGCACAGGCUGUGGCAAGUAGUGAUCAAAAAACUGCAAAUGAACUACUCAAUCAGAUUAGGCAACACUCUUCUCCCCUUGGAGAUAGGCACCAAAGAUUAGCCCAUUACUUUGCUAAUGCCCUUGAAGCACGCUUGGCUGGCACCAGGAUCCCAGUUUACACACUCCUUGAAAGUAAUGGGACAUCAGUUGCUGAUUACAUAAAAGCUUACCAACUAUGCAUAACAGUAUGCCCUUUCAAAAGGAUGUCAAAUUUCUUUGCUAAUCAAACAAUUAGAAAACUAGCAGAAGCACAGAAGGCAACAACACUUCAUAUUAUUGAUUUUGGCAUUCUCUAUGGUCUCCAAUGGCCCUGCCUCAUCCAACGUCUCUCUAUAAUACCUGGUGGACCUCUCAAGCUUCGUAUAACAGGAAUUGAGCUUCCCCAACCAGGCUUUCGGCCUGCAGAAAGGAUUGAGGAGACAGGGCGUCGAUUGGAAAAUUACUGCAAGAGAAUUAAUGUCCCAUUUGAGUACAAUGCCAUAGCACAGAAGUGGGAGACAAUUAGAUUGGAGGAUCUCAAAAUUGACAGGGAUGAACUAACUGUUGUUAACUGUAUGUAUCGGUUAAAGAACAUUCCUGAUGAAACAGUGGCAAUAAACUGUCCAAGGGACAUUGUCCUAAACCUGAUCAAAAGAAUCAAUCCAGAUUUAUUCGUGCUUGGGGUUGUUAAUGGAGCAUAUAAUUCACCCUUCUUCCCCACACGAUUUCGGGAGGCACUCUUCCACUACUCUGCAUUGUUUGAUAUGUUUGAUGCCACUAUGCCUUGCGAAGAUCACCAAAGGUUGCAGUUUGAGGAAGAGGGAAUUGGGAGGGGUGCUAUGAACGUCAUAGCGUGUGAAGGUUUGGAAAGGGUUGAAAGACCAGAGACUUUUGAUAGAUGGGAGGUUAGGACUGUGAGAGCUGGGUUCAGGCAACUCCCAAUAGAUGAAGAAGUAGUGCUGGUAGCGAAGAAGGCAGUGAAGUCAGAGUAUCAUAAGGAUUUUGUCAUAUACAAGGAUGGCCAAUGGAUGUUACAAGGAUGGAAGGGGCGUAUUAACUAUGCUAUUUCUUGUUGGAAACCAGCAUAG